CGUGACUUUAAUCUGACACGCUAAACACUGCAGGUGGACAAUGUUGUUUGUAGGUGUGCAAGAGGGAAUGUCAGUCAGAUGAGGCCCAACCACAAGGCUCCAGACCUGCGAGUGAGGGAGAGCAUGCGGAGCAUCACACAACACAUCAGCCACCCGCUGCAGAUUUAUGCCAUGGACGACUUCCGGGUCAAGGCCCAGCACAGGGAUUGUGUGGCAGAACCCUGAGGCCCCUCCUCCUGAGUACCAGCCUCCUCUGACUGGUCAGCUCACACACGCCUGAGCCAGCACGGCUAACAUUGGCAGAGCAGCUGUGCUUGAUCAAUCUUUACCUGCCAAAAUAACCCUGAUAUUCAUGCCAGCUCGCAUCCUGGAGCAAAUUCACAGCAAGCUUCAUGUUCUGUCUGUGUGAGGCAGAGUGAGCGGCGGAGAGGAGAGAGCACAUCUGAGUCUGGUGGAAACAGCAGGACCACGUACCACUUGGCAGAGAGAUCGAUGCACUUACGCCAAGCCACACAGGAAGGGUGAGCGGGCCCGUAGGACGUCCGUGUACUGCCACUGAGCGAGAGGGAGGGAGGGAGCGAGCGAGAGAGAUAGAGAGAGAGUGGUCAAAGGGACAGAGAGAGUGAGGAGAGAGCGAGAGGGAAGAAGAUUACCCAAGGCCAAUUUGAAAAGCUUUCAGCUGGUCACUCAGAGCAGGUAAAUCAUUCCACCUGAACGGCUCCAUUUUGUCAGUCUGCCUGAGGGGGGUGUUCGAUGUGAGGACGGGAGCCAAAAAAAACUGCAACCCCAGAAGACCAGCACUAUAAAGGAUCGACUCAGGUGCUCUCAGGGUGCGGUGUCAGAGCGAGACGGGCAACAGGAGAACAAAGUACUGACAGAACAGGUGUGAGCAGACGAGAUUGGUGAGGUUUCUUCCCAGCAUGCCACCGGCGCAGCAGCAUCACGGGGCCACUGUGCUCACAACAGGCCGGCUCCUUGCUUUGGCUCUGUUUCUUACUCUACAGGUUGCUACUCGUGCUGCUCCAUCCGGAGACACCAAGCUGGUUCGUACCACCAGAGUGAAGAGACAGAUCCCAGGGGGGGAUCAGCCCCCCUCCGCUUCCUCAGCCAACCAGACCUUGCGGGAGCAACCUGUGGUCUUUAACCACGUCUACAACAUCAACGUACCCUUAGAGUCUCUGUGCUCUGUCGACCUGGACGCCUCCACACCACCGGGCCCAGAUGAUGGUCUUCGUGCUGAAUUGGGGUCCAGCCCUUCUAUGGAGGGUCCAAUGGAUCCAAAUGGACCAACAGAAUACACUGAGCAGACACUAGAUGCUGACAGCCAGGUAACAUUCACUCACCGUAUCAACAUCCCAAAAGCUGCAUGUGGUUGUCCAACAACGACCUCAAUCCAACAGCUCGCCACGAGGGUGGAGAUGCUGGAGAGAGAAGUUUCCCUGCUCAGAGCUCAGUGUGGGUCUGGAUGCUGCGGGGAGAGCUCCGCUGUGGGUCGCUUGGACUUUGUCCCGGGCUGCAGUGGCCACGGCAGCUUCAGCUUUGACCUCUGCGGCUGCAUCUGUGAGGAAGGUUGGACUGGCAAGAACUGCUCCGAGCCUCGCUGCCCGGACGACUGUUCCGGCCAGGGGGUGUGCGUCGAAGGGGAGUGCGUGUGCGACCGUGACUUUGGGGGCGACAACUGUUCGGAGCCGCGGUGCCCUUCAGACUGCUCGGGUCGCGGGCUGUGCAUCGACGGGGAGUGCGUGUGCGAGGAGUCCUUCACCGGCGAAGACUGCAUGGUCGGGAGGUGCCUCAACGACUGCUCGGACCAGGGGCUGUGCGUCAACGGGACGUGCCAGUGCCGGCCCGGGUACGUGGGAGAGGACUGCUCGCUGGUCUACUGCGCUAACAACUGCAGCAAGAAGGGAGUCUGCAAGGAUGGAUUCUGUGUCUGCCAGGACGGCUUUGCUGGAGAUGACUGCAACUCUGUUGCACCAGUCAUGAACCUGAGGGUACGAGGUGUGACUGAUCGCACUAUUGACCUGGAGUGGGAGGGCUCAGUGGUGCUGACAGAUUUCUUAGUGACCUACACACCAAGCAGCGCCGGAGGUGUUCAGUUAGAGCUGAGGAUUCCAGGGAACAUCACCACCAUCACUAUCACGAACCUGGACGCAGGCAUAGAGUACAACAUCAACGUGUUCGCUGUCAUUAACAACAGCAUCAGCGUUCCUGCCAGCAUCACUGUUUCGACCUAUCUCUCCAAUCCGGACGGCUUAGUCUUCAAAUCCAUCACUGAGACGUCAGUGGAGGUCCAGUGGAGACCGUUCUACUAUUCCUUCGAUGGCUGGGAGAUCAGCUUCAUCCCCAAGGAUAAUGAUGGAGGAAUGACUGCACAGCUGCCCAGUACCAUCACUUCCUUUAUACAGACUGGUCUGAGACCAGGGGAGGAGUACACAGUUAACCUGGUGGCGCUCCGAGACCAGGGUCGAAGCCAGCCAGUCACUGCUACUGUCACAACAUUGAUUGAUGGCCCAACACAGCUGAUCGUGCGUGAUGUGUCAGACACAGUAGCCUUUGUGGAGUGGACUUCACCAAAAGCAAAGAUUGAUCAGAUUGUGUUGCGAUACGGCCUGGUGGGAGGAGAGGGUCCACGGACCACCUUCCGCCUCCAGCCCACACUCAGCCAGUACUCCCUGCAGGUUCUGCGCCCUGGUGCACGUUACGAGGUGUCUGUGAGUGGUGUGAGGAAGGGAAAUGAGAGCGGAUCCAUUUCCACUGAAUUUACUACCGAGAUUGAUGCCCCCAAGAACCUGCGUCUCGUGUCAAAGACCUCCACCACCCUGGAGCUGGAAUGGGAAAACAGUGAGGCUGAGGUGGAGGGCUACCAGGUGGUGUACAGCACUUUAGCCGGGGACCAGUACGACAAAGUCAUUGUACCACGCAAUGAGGGAGCCACCACGAAAACCACGCUCACAGACCUGCUUCCAGGAACAGAAUACGGCAUCGGCAUCUCUGCCAUGAAAGGCAGCAACCAGAGCACACCGGCAACAAUGAACGCCAGGACGGGCCUGGACGUGCCCUUGGAUCUGACUGUCACGGCUUCUACGGACAACACCAUCACUCUGGUGUGGGGCGUCGUCCAGGGUCCCAUCGACCAUUACAGGGUCACCUACACGUCCUCCUCUGGCGUCUCUACCGAGCUGACAGUUCCUAAAGAUGUCACCACCACCACUCUGACGGACCUCGAGCCCGGGACUGAGUACACCAUCACUGUAGCCGCAAGAAGGGGGCGACAGCAGAGCACCGCGGCCACCAUAGACGCCUUCACAGGAAUCAGGCCCGUAACCCACCUCUACUUGUCAGAGGUGACGUCAGACUCUGUGUUGGUGGCCUGGAGCGCUCCAGCACCGCCAGCUGACCUCUUCAUCCUGAGCUACAGCUCUGCAGACGGGACCGACACCUCUAAGGUGACGCUGGACGGCGUCAAGACAAGGUCACUGGUCCAGGGGCUGCUGCCGUCCACUCCGUACACCAUCAGUCUAAUCACAAUACAGGGGGAUGUUACCUCUGAGCCCAUAACAGCAUCACUCACUACAGGCAUGGACCCACCGAAAGAAAUGGCGGUGUCGGACGUGACCGAAGAUGCGGUGACCAUCUCUUGGAUCAAACCGCUGGCUCCAUUUGAGUACUACAAGCUGUCCUACCAGUCAGCCAGAGGUCGAGUGGACAGCGUGGUGAUCGACAGCGAUGUGACCAACUACACCUUGUCCAGCUUGUUCCCCGCAACAGAAUACGAGAUCAGCCUCAACGCUGUCAGAGGGAGUCAGGAGAGCAAAGUGGUCAGCACCUCUGUCUUCACAGCGAUGGACAUGCCAGCUGAGUUGACCGCUCUCAACAUCACCCCACAAGGAGCCCUGCUGAGGUGGAACCCCCCUCUCUCCAGUGUGGACAACUACGUGCUGACCCUCACACACAAUCAAGUGACGGCCGAUACUUUCCUGGUGGAAGGUAACAAGCAGGAGCACCAGCUAUCCAACCUGAAGCCGAGCACCAGCUACUCCGUAGCCCUCUACGCUACCAAAGGACCCCUCACCAGCGGCACUGUCAUCACCAACCUCCAAACACCCAUGGACACGCCCCUGAACCUGACAGCCAGCGAGGUGAAUCACCGCAGCGCUCUCAUCUCCUGGCAACCGCCAAUAGCAGAAAUUGACAACUACAUGCUCACCUACAAGUCAACUGACGGCAGCCGAAAGGAGCUGAUCUUGGAUUCCGAGGACACGUGGAUUCGACUGGAGGGACUGGCUGAGACCACAGAGUACACCGUCAAGCUCCAGGCUGCAAGAGGACUCGACACCAGCGCUGUAGUCUCCACUACCUUCACUACAGGGAGUCGUCUAUUUGCAACACCUCAGAAUUGCGCCCAACACCUGCUGAACGGAGAGACGCUGAGCGGCGUCUACACCAUUUACAUCAACAGAGACCCCAGCCAGGGUGUGCAGGUGUACUGUGACAUGACCACGGAUGAAGGAGGCUGGAUUGUGUUCCAGCGCCGUCAGAACGGCCUGACAGACUUUUCAAGGAAGUGGAGUGAUUAUCGGGUCGGCUUUGGAAACCUGGAGGAUGAAUUCUGGCUCGGUCUCGAUAACAUCCAGAAGAUCGCUGGCCAGGGCCGGUACGAGCUGAGGAUUGACAUGAAGGACGGGCAGGAGUCGGUCUACGCCAACUAUGACAAAUUCUCCAUUGGAGACGCGAGAAACCUCUACAAGCUCAGGAUAGGAGAGUACAACGGCACCGCUGGUGACUCUCUGAGCUACCACCAGGGCCGGCCCUUCUCUACGAAAGACAGGGACAACGACAUCGCUGUCACUAACUGUGCCUUGUCCUACAAAGGAGCCUGGUGGUACAAGAACUGCCACCGGGCCAACCUCAACGGCAAAUAUGGCGAGUCCAGACACAGUCAGGGUAUUAACUGGUACCACUGGAAAGGCCACGAGUUCUCCAUCCCCUUCGUGGAGAUGAAGAUGAGGCCGUUCAACUUCCGUAGCAUCAGCAGCAAGAGGAGGCGGUCCGCCCCUGUAUAAACAAGCCGCCGCCACCCGAGCCAGACCGGUGGAUGAAGGGAGUUUGGACGGUGUUUACUCGGAUGUGUUUCUGCUAUUUGUGUGCCUCGCUGAUUAGUGCUGAAUUAGCGAGGAAAGGGGGGGGGUAUGACAAAAAAAAACUACUAAUAUUUUAUUAAUAUUCAGUUGUAAAAUGAUAAAACACAUUAUUAAUAUACUACCAACAAUCAGAUCAUAAAGUAGCAGACAGGCUGAAACGACGUCCGAGCUCCGUUCAUCUCCCCUCCAGCCCAGCUUUAGCUGUCUUUCCCUGCUGUACUUCUACCCAGAUGAUAGAGGACACUGUAUGUAAUUUAUGAAAUACUUUGAAUGACAAUGGUUUUAUUUGCUGUAUAAAAAAAAGGAAAAAAAAAAAAGAAACGGAAAGGCAAACCAAGGAGCUUCUUUUGUCUUUUAAGUGUGUGAUUUGCCUUUCCCUGGGAUGCGAGGAAAUGUGCUGAGUAACGCCCUCGGGGAACGCGAGAGCUAGCGUUAUUUUAACCGUUUAAACAAAAAUAAUAACACUUUUAACGAAAAAUAUACUGUAUAUGCCCUUAAAAAACCUUAACUGUAAGAUAUAUAUAUUUUUAUAACUGAUAUUGUGACAAAAAGUCCAUCCUAAUAUGAUUUGAUGCCUUUGUUUAAAUCUGAAAAACGUGAUGACAAACACUCGACGCGAGAGACUAAAUUAACAUCCGGAAUCAUCGUUCACAAAGCGGCAGUGCACCAGCAACAGCUUCAUCAGCAUCCGUUUUAUUUGUUUCAUUUCUCUCUGUCUGUUACUGUUUAAAUACAGUAUCCUUUUAUGUUAAUCAUAAAAGCGGAAACAGAAGUCGACCUUAAACUUUAUAAUUAUCGGUAGCCACACUGAGACCGUAUUUGCACUACGAGUGGGAACACAGCAAAGCUAUUGUUGAAUCAAACCGUUUCUUUCAGUUCUCGGGCGUUCAAUAUUAUUUCCUGGACUUUACUUUCAGAAUAUGACAAGCGUUUUUAAUAUCUGUUUCAGUGCAGCUUCUUAGGCGCUGCGAUUGCUUGCAGAGAUGGUGCUGAUAGAUGUAACAUUUCAACCAAAGAUUCUGCAUAAUGAAACAGCUCGGCCUGCUGUUUGGAAAGACGCCAGUCAGCUCUGUCACCAAAGUCACUGAAGCAGCUUCCUCCUACAUUAAUAGAUUCUCACUUUUCAGGGAGUGUUAUGUUAAUCACGUCCCCCUGGCAUUAUUUUAUGCAAUGUGAACACUAAAUUCUAUGCAAAAAGAGAAAAAAAAACGUCAGGGUGGGCAUAGUGCAGAUUUUUUUUUUUUUUUUUUUAAGCCUGGCCUUCUCCCCCGCUGCUAGCUGAAAUGAACUUAACAAAGAAAGCAGAACAGUAGGUGGAGUGGAGCCAAGUCUUUCUUCUGUGCCCUUCCUUUUUACUCGCUUCGCUUUUUUUUUUAAGCUCCCCCGUGAAACAACAAAAUCAGCAAACAUGGCAGAGAAUGUAUUCUUUUUAGUAGAGCGGGGCGUAAUCUGCAGCGUGCCCACCGAGCAUUUUGUUCUAUUCAGUGUUCACACUGUUGCACAAAGCGUUCAGUGCCAAUGCGUUUAAAGGUUUUUCUUUCUGGAAAUGUUUUUUUUAGUUUCCUUUUUUCCUUUUAGUUUUUUUUUUUUUUUUUCCGACUCCUCUGUGAGAGGGGAAAUCAUCUCUGCAGAGUUUGAAGACAAAAAAAAACUGGCUAACUCUUCUCUCUGGCUUCAUACUAUAUGAAAAAAAUAAAUAAAAAUACGUUUAUUGUCCAACGCAAUCCUUUUUUUGGGGGAGGGGGGAAAUCGGCGUCGCCAUCGCUGCAAGCAACAUGGUCUCACAUAUAUUCAAUGAUCCAAAACGUUAACAGCUGGAAAUGUCAUUAUUGUGUUUCUUGGAUUCUGUUGAUCUCAUUGAAGCAAACCAGAGAAAAUCUGGCUUGUAUCAUCUGACUGUGUAUAUUCUUUUUUUUUUGAGUUUUAGUCCUUUUUUUAGACUUGAGAACAAUGGUGACUCUCCCCCUCUAUACACUACUACUAAUAUACUCAUGUAGAUAUAGAGUUGAAGAUUUAUGUGACUUUUGAUGUGUUCCCCCUUUAGAUGCAAACUAAUUCAGAAGCGUCGCCCCCUUUAAACGCUGUAAUUCUUUUAACCGUUGUGUCGUGUUGAGGGACGGAUGCAUGAAAUUGCAAUCAAGAAGCCUGAUAGUGAAUAAGAAAUGUCAUAACAAAUAUGUGUUCGUGGUUUGAGUUGUUGUGACACAUUUCUUCGCUGAUCUGGGGGGGAAAGGCGCUCUUGGAGCGGUUUGUUGUAAGAUAUUUGACAUUAUCGGGCGCCUGAGCUGUCGUAGAAACAGUAAAGUAAAAUCAACAAAAAAAAAAAAACUUACAAAUAUGAUUCAUAACAAACCGUUUCAACACGUGACCUUUCCCCGGGGUCUGAUUUAUGUUCGGGUGUCGAAGUGAACGUUUCAGAGCCUCUCGUGCAAUCCAUCUCCCCGUAGUGAUUUAUAGUAGCGUAGGGAAGUUCUCCGUGUACUUAUUUCAUUAACUACUUAGAUGAAGUUUGCCUCGGUGCAUUUUUCUUUCGUGCGAGGAACAAAGGUCGUGAAGCUUUUUUGAAGAAAAGAAACAGAAUGUUAUUUGUAUUGUUGGGGUUGGGGGGGGAUUUAUUUCUCUCAUGGCAAAACUAUGAGGUGCUGUUGGAACUUUGAAGGCGAAAGCUGGUAUAUAUUUAAGCUUAUUUUGCAUAUUUUCUUUUUUUUCAACCAUCCAUUAUUACAUUAAGCUUUUUCUGUCAAUCAGUAAGAACAACAAAAAGGCCUCUGUCCUGCCCUCUUAAUUUCAGGGUAAUCAUAAUAUUUUCCUUUUUGCAUUUGCGAGUGAAUCUAUUGCUUCAGACAAACACGACAGUAAUUAAAGGCUUAGUAAUAUUGCUCUUUCUUUGAGAGCUUUCAGGAUGACAGAUGUUUCUGAGUUCGAGCAAAUGCAGCCCUCUUGUGAUGAAACGACACGUGACAAAAGCGGCCGCUGUGUUUCCUUCAUAUUCUGGAUAAUUUGAUGUCGUUCCAACCAGUGUCGCAUAAGAUGUGCUGGUUUGUUUUUUCUUGUUGCGGUACGACUGAUGAAGUACUUUUCUCUUUUAAUCUUUGGAGGAGAUGUUAAGUCGGCGCUUUGUUUGCGCUGUAUGUUUGUCAUCAUGUGAAAUGUCGACUCUUUGUCGUGCUGCAUCAGCUUUGAAAAAGAGCGUCUCCUCCAUUAUUUAAACUAAAAGCUCAGUCUCGGUCACUGGAAUACACUCAAACUGCAUUGCUCUUUGUUUCUCCUGAGCUUCUCUUUAUUUAUUUCUCUAUUUAUUUUCCAAUUAUUCUGUAAAAAUUGACCGUUAAAUAAUGACAGAAGGGUCCUCUAUGGUUUCAUAGAGAAAAAUGCUUUAUUUCAUUGUUUUUUUUCUUUUUACGAGCGAAUUAACUGAUAAAACCACCGUGUCUGGUGGUGAUUUGUUAUAUAAGCCAGAUACUGGAACUGCAUUGAUUUGAAAUCUUGCCAUGAAAAAUGUAAAUGUUGACAAAAAUGUGAUCUUGACUGUUUGAAAAGCUCAUAUAUGCUGAAACUAAGGAUUUAUUGUUGGAUAACCUUGGAUAUUACUGUCAAAUUUAGCUCUAGUUUGACUUAAACAUGUACUAUAUAGUUCCUUUUUUAAUACAUUUUCUACAUAUUAAUAAAACAAAUAGUCUGA